AUGGACCAGCAAUUCAGUCAAGAGGACGAGAAGGCGAUGUUUUUCUUCAGCCUCUUGGAUAAGAAUCUGAAGGAGAUCAAAGACCUCGGGGCGUUGCAGUUCUACGUCUGGCUCCGACAUUUCUGGCCGUCCGUCAAGAGUUCCUUUGGUCGCAUCAUGGGCAGAAUCGAUAUCGUCAAGGAGACUUUCAAGAGCCUCUGUAAGGAGCACAAGAAGACGUUCGACCCAAACAACAUCCGAGAUUACAUCGACGUUUAUCUCAACGAGAUGAAAGAACAGGAGGAGAAAGGGGAAAAGAAUCCCAACUUCAAUGACCUGCAGCUGCAGAUCAACAUACAGGAUUUGUAUUUUGCGGGGAGUGAGACGACGGGGAACACGGUGCGAUGGGCCAUCCUUCUCCUGGCCCUCAAUCCCGACGUUCAAAAACGCGCUCAAGAGGAAAUCGACUCCGUCAUCGGCCGGGACCGGGUCCCCUCGUACGACGACAAGAAAAGGUAU